AUGAUACGCUACCUCGUCACCAGCUUGCCUACCAUACAAGCGGCGCCAUUGGUAGGACGGCCGUUGGUUUGCAGCAGGACAGUCAGAAAUCAGGCCUUUGAUGCCGCAUUUGACCAGGAUGAGCUCGCAGAAGCGAGGAGGUGGCACGCUUCUUUCCAGGAGAGCGACCUGCCGAAAGGCCAGACAAGCUAUUCGAGGUCCAGCGGACCAGGUGGACAGCAUGUCAACAAGACGGAGAGCAAAGCGACCACGGUAUGGCCGGUGCAUGAGCUGACCAGAAGCAUGCCCAAGCUCAUGCAUUCGGCGCUACGGUCGUCGAGAUACUACACGAGCGGCAACGACUCGCUCACCUUCCAGGCCCAGACACACAGAAGCCGCACGGCCAACAGCGAGGAGAACCAUGGGAAACUUGUAGAAGAGAUACACAGGAUAUUCCGGGAGACGGUUCCUGGGAUGACGAGCGCCAAGAAGCAGAAGAAGUAUGAAGCAUUAGAAAAAGCAUUCCAUGAGAACCGGGUGCGGGCGAAGAAGCAGCAGAGCGCAAAGAAGGCCUCUCGGAAAGCAUCGUUCGACUAG